AUGCCGCCACGAAAGACGUCGCGACCGCCGCCAUACGUUGCAAGAAACCAGAGCGGAAUUGCGAUACCGCCAGCUCUCAAAAAUUUGCUUCGGAGCAAACUAGGACGUCUAAUCGCUGGUGGCAUACUGGGCUUUUUCGUGCUCAUCUGGAUGCUGAGUGGAAGUAGUGGUUCUACCACAAGAGGCACAAAGGUGGGAGGCUGGGGUCCGGCAAACAUACCCAAGCCCAAGAUAGGAAGUGGUCCGCCUGUGGUCGUGGUCACAGUUGUGGAUCCCAAGAUGGAUCCUACAUGGACAGCAAAGGUCAAGAGGAAUAGGGAGGAAUACGCCAAAAAACAUGGCUAUCUUACCUUCUUCCCAACCAGCGACAAAUAUCCUAUCGGCAACUCCCCACCCACCUGGGCUCGCGUGCCUGCAAUCCGCCAUGCCAUGACGCUCCACCCGACCUCCAUGUUCAUGUGGUAUCUUGACCACACUGCCCUGAUCAUGAACAUGGACACGCCCAUCCACACUUCGCUCCUUACGCCCGCCAAACUCGAGUCAUACAUGAUCACCAACGCCCCCGUUGUUCCCCCCGAAAGCGUCAUCAAGACAUUCGGCAACCUAAAGGGCGACCGGAUAGAUUUUGUCAUCACCCAAGACAAAGACGGCCUGGCGCCGAGCAGUUUUGUUGUCCGAAAUGGAGAAUGGGCAAAGUUCUUCCUAGACACCUGGUUUGACCCCAUCUACCGAAGUUACAACUUUCAAAAGGCCGAGUACCACGCGCUCGAGCAUAUCGUGCAAUGGCACGGUACGAUCCUCGCCAAACUCGCAAUGGUGCCCCAGAACCUCCUCAAUUCCUACGCUCUCGGCCCCGCAAACGAACGCAACGGCCGCUUUCAAGAAGGUGAUCUCGUUGCCGUCUUCCCCGGCUGCGACAAGAACGGUCGAGACUGCGCCGUGGAGCAGCAGGCCUACUGGACUAAGCUGGAUGCCGCGGCCUAG